CUUGCGAGUACAACUGUAUAAUAGGAUUGUAUUUAUUUGCAUUUUUUAAUUUGUAAGUUUGUUUGUUUCGUUGCAAAAUAAGUAUUGACGAAAGCUGUGAUAAAUACAGAAUGGAUUCGAUGCCACCUUUGGAAAUGGUUUAUCAGGCCAUCCAUACCCUGUACAAUGAUCCUAAUACUAAAGAAAAAGAGGAGGCUGAUGUAUGGCUCAGGGAAUUGCAAAAAUCCGUAUGGUCAUGGAAAAUUUCAGACGAAAUGCUUCAGCAACAAAAGGAUAUGCAGUCAUGUUAUUUUGCGUCUCAAACCAUCAAAUCAAAAAUUCGAAAUUGUUUUCAAGAACUUCCUGCAGAAUCUCAUGUUUCUCUUAGAGACUCGCUAUUGAACCAUAUAUCACAAAUCAAUAAAAAUACAGAUGUAGUUAUUGUUACACAGCUGUCUACUGCAUUGGCCGAUUUGAUACUGCAAAUGGUAACUUGGGAACACCCAAUAAGAGAUCUAUUUGAAAAGUUUGGUAAUGAUCCUGAACACCAAUGGACUCUGUUAGAAAUUCUUAAAGUCUUACCUGAAGAGAUGAACCCUAGAUAUCUUAGGCUAGGAGAAAAUAGAAGGGAAGAAAUUACCAAACAUUUCGAAUUCUAUGGUGAUUUGGUCUUGCAAUAUUUGAUUAAAUGUUCAGAAAAAGAUCAAAAUCUUCUUACUUACAGUAAGAUCCUAAAGUGUUGUACAUCCUGGAUUAAAAUUAAAACAAUAUCAAUAACUGCUCCACUGUUUCCUCAAUUUACAGCAUUAGUUUUUGAAAUUUUGCAAAAUAAUGUGACAGGGUCAGAUUUACAUAAAGAUGCUGCUGAUUUCGUGAUUAAGACACUGCAAAUACUAGCAAUUAAUAGUUCAUUAAUGAUAGAUAUCAACACAGGGGAUCCGAUUGUACCUUUACAAAAGUUGCAGCUUGAUCUUUUUACCAGGAUUGUAAAUUUAGAACAAUCUUAUCACAUGUCUGUUGCUCAUGAAGAUAUAAACAAGUCAAUGAACUACUGUCAGAUUUUCAUUGCCUUAUCAGAUGCGAUUUUAAAAACAAUUGUAAAUGGAAGUUUAAAUGGAAAACAACAUUUUGUUCUUAAAGCUCUAGAUUUCGUUCUAAUGUGUGUUGGCCAUUACGAUUAUGAAGUAGCACUUAAUACAUUUGAAGUUUGGUACAAUCUUUCAGAAAUUAUGUAUCAAACAGAAAAUGAUGAACUUUUCAUUGUUUUCAAGCCACACAUAGAUAAACUUAUUAGCGCUCUUUGCAAACAUUGUCAAAUGGAGUCAGAUCAUUUGGGUGUACUUGAAGAAAAUGAAGAAUUUGUAGAAUUUAGAAGCGCUGUUGAGGACUUGAUAAAAGACGUGAUCUUUAUUGUUGGUAGUAGUCACUGUUUUAGGCAAAUGUUUAAUGUCUUAAUGGAUGGAUCCCAAGGUGAGCCAGCUUGGGAAGUAACAGAAGCUGCGCUGUUUGUAAUGAAAGCAGUAGCAAAGAACAUACUACCUGAAGAAAAUGAUGUUGUACCAAAGGUCGUGGAAGCUAUUUUAAAUUUAUCUGACAAGACACACAUAGCAGUCAAACACACUAGCAUUCUUUUAUUAGGUGAACUUUGCGAAUGGGUUCAAGUUCAUCCCCAAACUCUAGAGGCCAUACUAAAUUUUUUACUCAACUGCUUGACUCAAAAAGGAUUAGCAGGAGCGGCAUCAAAUGCUUUACAGAGUAUUUGUACAAUGUGUUCAAAUCAUAUGGUGUCACAUUUUCCCGGAUUAUUACUAAUAGCUAAAUCUAUAAAUACUUUUGAAAUUAGUAAUCGUGCAGCUACUAGUAUCCUUCAAGGUGUCUUAAACAUUUUGAGCAGACUGCCUAAUUCCGUUGUUGCUCAAUAUGUGAAAGAACUUUGUUGGUGUCACUCGAAGCCAUUGAACGAGUUGAUAGAAUGUAGGAUGGUUGUUGAGAAAGAUACAAAAACAGAUCCAGUUAUAUGGCUCGAUAGGUUGGCUGUAAUUUUUAGGAAUGCAAAUCCAAUACUUGAAGAAAAUGUGCAUCCUUGUACAGAAGCUGCUGGAGAGAUGUGGCCAGUCUUGUCAAACACUCUUGCUUUUUACCAGCAUGAUAUUCGAAUUAUGGAAAGGUGUUGUCGGUGCAUAAGAUUUAUGAUUCGAUGUCUUGGACAACAUUCUGCAUUUCUUCUGGAUACCCUAGUGAAACAGAUUAUUGAGUUGUACACAAUACACCAUCAUAGCUGCUAUUUGUAUUUAGGUUCUAUACUAGUUGAUGAAUUCGGUUUGGAUGUCAACUACGUUUCUGGCUUACUGGGAAUGUUGGAAGCAUUUAUCGGUCCGGCAUUUACAUUACUCCAACAAACAGAUGGUCUUGUCAAUCAUCCUGACACAGUUGAUGAUUUAUUCCGACUUUGUACCAGAUUUCUUCAAACUUCGCCUGUCCCUUUUUUACGUGCUCCCAUGAUAAAUGAUAUAUUAGAUUGUGCGUUGUUAGCUUGCAGUAUACAUCAUAAAGAAGCUAAUGCUUCAGUUAUGAAAUUCUUUUUUGACCUCAUUCGUUGUGUUACUUGUUGCGAAAAUGGAUCAGACCUUACAGUAAGGCGGCAAUUGAUUGAAAAUAUUUUACGUGAAAAAGGACCGGCUCUAGUUACAACACUGAUUAAUUCUGCCGUUUUUCAUUUACCAUAUUAUACUUUAUCAGACAUUUCUAAUAUCAUUCUUGAAUUAAGGUUAAUUAGUGAAGAGUUUCAAUCUUGGGUACAUCAAGCCAUAAAUCAAAUGCCUACUAAAAACGCUGGUGGAAGUGAGACAUAUAAACCAGAACAGCUAAUGGAGUUUUACACUACCAUCACAACGGCAGAGAGUUCAAACGCAGUCAAACGUUCACUUCUAAAUUUUAUACGUUUGUAUAAUUAAGCAUGGAAAAAAUAAGAUUUUUCUUAUUUUAAGUAUGUUUGACGUGGAGUAAAACGGUCACGUGAGUCAUAAUCACUUUUUGUGAAUAAGAAGAGUAUUAAAAUAACGAGAAGAAAAUGUUUUUUAA